CUUGGAGCUCAUUCCUGGAUUUGGUGAAAGGUAUGAAUUUGCAUUGCUGAAGACUGAACCGUCGAGGACUUCGAACAACUCUACCCAAAUUCAUAUUUUUUCUUCAAGUAAUGGACAUUUGAUUACUAUUUUUGCCUCCAAUUUGUUCCUGAAGGAAAAGCUAGCAUUUAGCUAUCACAGCCCCACCCACAAGAAGUAUUUCAGUUAUUAAACCAUGAAGGUUGACGACAUAAACGUGAUGAAAUAAGAGAUAUAAGUGCCUGAAAAGCAUACUAUAAUAUACUGGAGACGCUGAGGACCUAUAGUAUCAAUAAUAUGGCGGGGGGACCUGUAGACCCCAGAGAGAUUUUGAAAGGUGUAGAAGCUUUGCUAGGAAAGGAUGGAGAGCUCCGCAGCCUGGAAGGAGUCCCAAAGGUGUUUAGCUUAAUGAAAGCUUCAACUAAGAUGGUCAGUAGAUGUAUGUAUCUGAACAUACUGCUGCAGACGAAAUCCCAUGAUGUUCUUAACAGGUUUAUCAGAGUUGGUGGCUACAGGCUUCUCAAUUCCUGGCUCACCUACUCCAAAACCUCUAACAACACACCUCUGCUUCAGCUCAUCCUGCUCACACUACAGAAAUUGCCUCUCAAAGUAGAUCACCUCAAACAGAACAAUACAGCCAAGCUGGUGAAGCAGCUGAGCAAGAGUGCAGAGACCGACGACCUAAGGAAGUUGGCAGCUGUGCUGGUUGAUGGCUGGAUGGCUACAAUCCGCUCACAGAGUGUCUCUAGCAGUGGCACCUCUCCUGCUGAUAAGAAAAAGAAGAAGGAGGAGAGCAAGGUGCUUGUGCGGGAUGUGAAGGAAAAGAGUGUCGAAGAGGAGAAAAAGAAAGAGAAACCUAAAGCUCAUGCACCCAGCCACGCAAAGAUUCGUUCCAUAGGUUUGGAGAUUGAGUCUCCUAACCCAAUGCCUACUAAGAAAACACCCACUGCCCCACAGCUGGGUGACAAGUACAACAUCAAGCCUCCAGUACUCAAGAGGCCAAGCUCUGGCCCAUCAGAUGCUCCACCUCUGGAGAAAAAAUACAAACCUUUAAAUAUGCCCUCUAACUCUGCCAAAGAAAUUAAAGUUAAGAUUAUUCCAGCACAGCCAAUGGAGUGCACAGGUUUCCUAGAUGCUCUGAACUCUGCCCCAGUGCCUGGGAUCAAGAUCAAGAAGAAGAAACCUAAUGCCAACACUGCAUCUAAUACCAAGGCUGUCUCCCCCACAUCUAACAAGGCAAGUCCAUUUGAUAGCAAACCUUCUGCAUAUUCGUCGUCUUCUGCUAAACCAUCAUCUCCAGAAGCUGCUUCUUCCACCACUGCUGCUGAUGAAAACCAGGAACCAGAGCAGCCUGGGACCCCUGUUCCCUCGGAGGACCCAGAGGCCUCUGACAACGGUGAGAAGCCUAAUGCUCUGGCAGAACCACAUGGAGAAGAAGAAAGCCUAACCAAGAAGGGCAAGAAGAAGAAGACGGUUCAUUGGGCUGAAGAGGAGCAGCUGAAGCACUAUUUCUACUUUGAUCUAGAUGAGACAGAGAGAGUCAACGUCAACAAGAUCAAGGACUUCGGUGAGGCUGCCAAACGAGAGCUGAUGAUGGACAGGCAAACAUUUGAGAUGGCUCGUCGACUUUCCCAUGACACCAUGGAAGAAAGGGUCCCUUGGUCACCCCCAAGACCCCUGACACUGGCUGGCAGUCUGGUUGUCUCUGGGGCAUACAGCACAGAGAAACUCACCCAAAGAGACCGUGAGAUGGGCAUCCUGCAAGAGAUAUUCCUCAGCAAAGAGAGUGUGCCGGACAGUCCACAUGAACCAGAUCCAGAGCCUUAUGAACCCAUGCCGCCUCGUCUUAUCCCACUGGAUGAGGACUCCUCCAUGAUGGAUGAUGGCUAUGUUGAGCCCAUGGAGACCACAUCACAACAGGGUUCUGGCACAGCCCAGAAUGAGACCUCAAAGCUGCCCCCUGUCCUGGCCAACCUCAUGGACAACCUUAGCAACAGCUCACGCAGCCCGCAAGCAACCAACACUGUCACCAACACUGUGGCUCCAUCUGUCAAUGUACAGGAGCUGCUCUCCUCCAUCAUGGGUGCUUCUGGCAGCCAGUCAACUGAAGAUUUAAUAAAGCAGCCGGACUUUUCUGAUAAGAUUAAACAGUUACUGGGUUCCCUGCAGCAGACUCAGAACCAGAACCAGAGUGGACCUCCUCCAGCCAACCAGGGUCUUCUGGGACAUGGUCCAGGCAUGAACAACAUAAACAACAUGAACAACAUGCACAUGCAAAUGCCAAUGAAUGGUGGCUACCCUUCCAACAACCCACCUGGUGGUCCCCGUUUUAACCACCCUCUGCCCCCUCACCACGGACCACCAUUCAACGCCGGGGGUGGCCCACGCAUGAUGGGGCCACCGCCAAGUCAGGGCAGAGGAGAUAAUAGCAACUACUGGGGAGACGAGGCCAUGAGAGGAGGACCCCACAGAGGGGGUCAUUUCCACCGAGGAGGCCGGGGGCGAGGAGGAGAUCUAGGCUUUAGGGGCAGAGGACGAGGAGGGCCCAGAGGAGGGCACAACAAUAUGAACGACAUGUCCAAGAGGCCUAUAUGUCGUCACUUCAUGAUGAAGGGAAGCUGCAGGUAUGAGAGCAACUGUGCUUUCUACCACCCUGGUGUAAAUGGACCACCACUGCCCCCCAACUACCCAGCGAACAACCAACACAACCAGCACCCACAGCACAGCCACUAGAUGGCAGUGUUGCAAGCCGGUGAAUGACUGUUGGCUGCUGGAACAGCCGUUCUCUGUGAUCACAUCAGUGCAGGGUGUCAGGACUGCAGUUUAAGACACAGGCACAGAAAGAGUUACUGUCCUUUACUCUGAAGUUUCUGAAGUCAUUAUGCAGGUGACUUACUUGAAUAAGUGAGCCCUGCCUCAGCUGAUGGAGAACAAAUGAGAAAACACAGGAGUGUAAAUUAGGGACUCAAAGGCUGUGAGAUGAUCGAUGAUGGGACUGUGCUUUUAUUGUGAUUAUUUUUAACAGUGUGACUGAAUCAAGCCACUGCAUUUGACCACUAUUGCUGAGUUGCUGCAACUAGCUUCCUAUCUCUGUUGUCACUCGUCACCCCACUAACAUGGUUGACCAAAUGGAUAUGUCCUUCAGCUGAAAGCUUUCCACUUGAGUGAAAGUCCCUUUUACUGUGGCUGUUCUGUGUUCAGAAGGUGAUAUUGCUUUCCUAUUUUCUGUAGUUUUGUUACUUCAUUAAUGAGGUUUGUAAAAACGAAGCUGAAAUAUUUCCCUUCCUUCGUGAUUAUUAAAUGUAAAACAGAGUUUAGGAACACUUUAUAAUGACAAAGGUAAACAGAACUUUGCCACAUAUAUAAUUUACUAAAACUUGGUCUGAAAAAUAAUGACAUAUAAGCUACUUAACUGUGCCCAGUUUUAAAAAUAUCUGCAAUGAACUGUGCUGACCUGCCUGAAGGGCCUUGCUUUUUACUUACAGCAGCUGGUAUUGAAUGUGAAACAGUGAUAUGGAAGCAACAGCAGUGUGAGUUCUUUGUAAAACUUGCAUUGCGUGCAUCUGGGCUCAGCAGCUAACGGUCCAAACGUUGUGUGUGUGUGUGUGUGUGAGGAAGGAUGAGUAUGAGCGAGACAAUCAGGGCAUACUGUGGUCCUGUCAGAAGAACAGUUUCUCCUUGAUCCAAGAGCUGCUGCCUGUAGUGUCUGUACUCAUCUGGUUUGUGUUGUCAGUGUUAAAGACAGGAAUGGUGAAUCCUUCUGUGAGUCACAUAUUGUUUUCUGUGAAAACAAAAAAUUUUGCGUCUCUUGUGGGACUGUAAGAAUGUAAUUUUUCUUCUUGUUCAUCCACCUUAUUUUUUUUUUGAUAAAACUUAUUGUUUCCCCAUUUUCAGGUGGGUUCAUUUUUUGUCAGCAUGAUGUUUGUAUGAAUACAGAACUCAUACACAUGUUUUCAGUUGAAUUCUUUUGUACGCAGUGCAUUGAAUAAAUGUGGAAAUAUAA